CUCGCAUCUCACGAGUCGUCUUGCGCCAUCGAGGCUUUCUUGACUCGCCAUCUGACCUAGGAAGCUUCAGUGCGUAGGAUGUCUCGUCCGACCGUAAGCAGACGCUGGUCUUGGUCGGUCUGGCGUCGGGCUUCGAUACUGGCGACUGCUGACCUAGCGAUGUAUUCAUCCGGCACUAACAGCAGCAGCGAACGCACGUAUACACAUCCAUACCCGUAAACUGCAUUCGACUUCGAAGAUGGACGAUCCCCUCGCCCCUGCGCGGUUGAUCUGGGAAGCAAACGGCCUGCCCCCGCAAGCACUAUCUUCUCUGAAGCUGAGCCCGGACGCAGACCCCGCAGUCAAUUCAUCCUACAGGCUUGGUACUGCUGCACAGACGGUCACAGGCCUGUCCGGACUCGCAGCGGCCCAGUUCCAUCAGCUCCGGACGGGCAUCGAGCAGGAAGUAUCGGUCGAUGCUCGACACGCGGUCCUAGAGUUCAAGAGCGAGUCCUGGUACACGAUCAACGGCGCGCUGCCGUCCGGUACGCUCUUCGAUCCCCUCGCCGGUCUCUACAAGACCAAAGACGAUAGCUACGUCCGGCUGCACACCAACUUCCCUCACCACCGCCAAGGCAUCCUCGACAUCCUCCAAUGCGCCCCCACCCGCGAAGCCGUCGCCGCGGCGCUGCUCCACUGGAAUGCCGUCGACUUCGAGACAGAGGCGUCCUCACGGAAGAUGGUCGCCACCGCGCUGCGCUCUUUCGACGAAUGGGACGCGCACCCACAGGGCCAGGCGCUCGCAAACACACCGCCCGUGCAGCUCAUCAGGAUCGGCGACGCACCGAGAAGGGAGGUCAAGGGUGGGUAUACGCGCCCACUUGAGGGAAUACGCGUGUUGGACUUCACGAGGGUGCUUGCGGGACCUGUGUGCGGAAGGACGCUCGCUGCGCACGGGGCAGACGUUCUUCUCGUCAGCUCUCCGAAGCUCCCUGCGCUACCGUUCCUCGACACGGAUACCUCCCGCGGAAAGCGCGCGACCCAGCUCGACCUCACCGCCGCCGCCGAUCGCGAGGUGCUCAGUAAUCUUGUCAAGGACGCAGACGUCUUCCUGCAAGCGUACCGCCCAGGCGGCCUAUGCGACAAGGGCUUCGGACCAGAGGAUGUCGCGGGAGCACGGCCCGGGAUCGUGUAUGCAAGCUUGACUGCUUACGGGUGGGAGGGCCCGUGGAAGGACCGCCGCGGUUUCGACUCACUGGUGCAGACUGCCUCCGGGUUCAACGUCGCUGAAGGAGAGGCAUACGCCACGUUCUCUGGCGAUGACGCAAGACCCACGCCUCGCUCUCUACCGAUGCAAGCCCUCGACCACGCCGCUGGUUAUCUCCUCGCCUUCGGAAUCAACGCGGCCCUUUGCAAGACCAUCACUGAAGGAGGCUCCUGGGAGGUUCGCGUCUCCCUGGCUGCCGUCGGGAAGUGGAUUCGUUCUCUGGGUCGCCUAGAUUCGGCAGUAGGCUUGGGUGAAGGCCGACCUCUACCUUCGCCACGCCUCCCUUGGCCAGACGAACUGCAAUCACUCGCAAUAUCCUGUGUUCGGGUUGCAGGUGAUCAUGAUGAGGGCAAAGAGCCUGAGAAGAUGACUGCUAUCAGCCAUGCUGCGAAGUUGUCAAGAUCUCCUGUACUAGAAACCGGCUCACCGAUAUCCCUCCAUGCCCACAACCCCACUUGGCUUCCACGGGAUCCUUAGAAUCUUAGUUGCCAUU